UUGUAGUAACUAUAUAUUGGUGGUUAAGGUUAUGUCAGUUUUGUAAAUCUCAAUCGUCGGAUUUAGCGAUUUAUACUAGAAUAGAACAAUAAAUAACCGCUAAUUUAAUAUAUAGUCCACGAAUUAUGGCGAGUGGGCCUAAAUUCGGACGCGAGUUCGCGUUGACAAUGUUAAAAUCAUUGCCUCGCGUGUGUCUCCGAAAUUUGAGACCCGAUCCCGGUACUUUUAAAAAGGAUACAAGAGGACGAGGUCAACACGGCGGUGACAAGCAUGGAGCUGGUAAUAAAGGAUCAGGUCAGCGACAGAAUUACAUGAGACCUGGUUACGAGACUGGAAAUAAUCCGUUUUACCUGAGAUUCGGUUACGAGCCAUAUUACAAAGGACAUCAUCUCCGACGACAGUAUCCACCUCUUUCGCUACAUCAACUGCAGUUGUUGAUUGACACUAACAGGCUCGAUACUUCGAAACCUAUCGACCUCACAGCCUUAAUAAAUACAGGCAUUUAUGGAAUUGAACCAGAUAGGAAGCACGCCGGUGUUCAUCUUACUGAUGAAGGAUCAGAAGCAUUCAAGGCAAAAGUGAAUAUUGAAGUUCAAUGGGCAAGUGAGCCCGUGAUAGCAGCAGUAGAAAAAAAUGGUGGCGUAAUUUCCACAGCUUAUUACGAUCUACACAGUUUGCAAUGCCUCAUAGACACAAGAAAAUUUUUCCGAAGAGGCGUUCCUAUCCCUCGCCGAAUGUUGCCACCAAUGGAUUGUUUGGAGUACUAUUCAAGCGCAGCAACAAGGGGAUAUUUGGCUGAUCCUGAAAAGGUUUCUUGGGAACGUUUAGUGCUGUCGCAAAAAUACGGUUACGUAUUGCCAAAAAUUGAGGAGGAUCCGAAUUACGAAAUGUUGACUUUCCGAAAAGAUCCACGUCAGAUAUUUUAUGGAUUGGAGCCAGGCUGGGUUGUGAGUCUUCGGGACAAAGCUAUACUCAAGCCAACGGCUGAUUAUCUCAAAGAAUUUUAUGCGAGUUAAUUUACUUUUUCUUUUCACAAAUAUUAUGUACAGUGUAAUGAAAAAUAUACAAUGAUAAUUAGAA